GUCUGCAGAUCUGAUUAGUUGCCUGGUGCUUCAUCUGUGGCAAGCAGGACAAUGGCUGCCAGCAAGAGCAAGAACCAGAGUUCCUUGGCCCUCCAUAAAGUAAUUAUGGUUGGUAGUGGAGGCGUGGGCAAAUCUGCACUCACUCUUCAGUUCAUGUAUGAUGAGUUUGUAGAAGACUAUGAACCUACCAAGGCUGACAGCUACAGAAAGAAGGUAGUUCUGGAUGGUGAAGAAGUUCAGAUAGACAUUCUGGACACAGCAGGACAGGAGGAUUAUGCAGCUAUCAGAGAUAACUAUUUCCGCAGUGGGGAAGGGUUUCUUCUAGUCUUCUCAAUAACAGAGCAUGAAUCCUUCACAGCAACAGCAGAGUUUCGGGAACAGAUCCUGCGUGUGAAGGCUGAAGAGGAUAAAAUUCCUUUACUAGUAGUGGGAAACAAAUCUGACUUAGAAGAGCGCAGACAAGUGCCUGUAGAAGAGGCUAGAAGUAAGGCAGAGGAGUGGGGUGUGCAGUAUGUAGAAACCUCUGCCAAAACUAGAGCGAAUGUAGAUAAGGUAUUCUUUGAUUUAAUGAGAGAAAUCAGAGCAAAGAAAAUGUCAGAAAACAAGGACAAGAAUGGCAAGAAAAGUAGCAAGAACAAGAAAAGCUUUAAAGAAAGAUGUUGCUUACUGUGAUGCUUGGGAACUGUAAAUAUGUAUCUACAGGUGGCAUGGAUAAGAUACCACUAAGGAUGUAGGGCUGGAUUCAUGAAAGGAAGUCUGUAUUGACUCCUUUAUCUUUUGCUUUGCAUAUCACACCUUCAAAAUGUGAAAACAGAACUUUGAAACCAUUUCUGGUAUCUAACAAAACCAAUGCCUACUUAAACUGAAAUGGGCUCUGUCUUCCCAGUGUCUUUCAAAACUAAAACAGUUUCAGAACCACAAUCCUUCUGCUUGGUUAUACAAAGUACUUUCAUAAUAACUUCCUAGUUUAAUGUUUCCCUGAAUAUGUAUCUCUUGAACCUCUACUGGCCUUAAUGAGCACAGCUGUUCAGGUUCAAACAUUUUUUCUACUGUUGUUGCCCUCCUUGAUGUUGCAAACUGCAGAAAAGCUAGAUGACAUCUGGUAAAGGGUUUGAGUCUCCAUCUUCUGUUUUUUGUCACUGAUAUUUCUUACACUGAAAUUCGCUGUCUUCUUCCCCACGCUCCAUGUAAGAAUUAGCAACUGACACUUGAGUCAACUCAAACCAAACUUUCUUCCCUGUUCUGUUUAGCCAAUACAGCAUUCAUGAAUCAAGCCUAUGGACUCAAUUCAGACUUAUUUAGGCAAUACGAAAAAUGAUAUUUAAAUAC